AGUAUAAUUAGAGACAGAAGUUAGGGUUUUCCAAACGGAGAGAGAAACUCCAUCAAACAAAAAAAGAUGGAGGAACCGAGCAUCUGUGAGUUGCCAGAUGAUUUGAUCUUGAAGAUAUUAUCGCUGCUUCCGCUUUAUAAAGAGAGCACCGCAACACAUCUCCUAACAAAAUUACGAAUGGAGGGUCCAUGGAAACUGGUGCCAGAUGUCAUGUUUGAUGAUGAUGAUGAUGAAUCAUAUGCGAGUUUUGUGACAUUUAUGAAUUUUGUUUACGGAUCGUUGUUGUUUAACAAUGAUCAAAUUCUAGAGAGGUUGCAUCUCAUACUUAACCAGGACUAUUCAGCUUCAGACAUCAAUAUUUGGGUUAAACUUGCGGUUAAGCGGUCAGUGAGAAAGCUGAGGAUCCAGACGUUUGGAAAAACCCUAGAACUGCCGAGAUGCUUGAGUACUUGCGUGACACUAAAGUCAUUGGUACUCCAUGAAGUAAGGAUCAAGAUUGUUCCUCCUUGCUUUCGUUUGCCGUCUCUUAAAAGUCUGCACCUUUUCUCGGUCCAGUUCUCAGGUGACGUGUCUCUUGCAAGUCUUUUGCAAUCGUGUCCGCAUCUUGAAUAUUUGGUUGUAUGGGAUGUGGUGGUAGAUACUUUUCCUCCUUGUUUUCUUUUUUCCUCUCUCAAAAGUUUGCACCUUCUUUCGACUUAUUUCUCGGAGGAGGACGGAUCUGUUGCAAGUCUUUUAAGAAUCUGUCCUGUUCUUGAAGAUUUGUUUGUGAAGCGAACCUGCCGAAUAUUCAAUAAUUAUGUGCCUCACACUUGCAGAACCCUAAAAACAUUGAUACUCCGUGACCUAAUCAUCGGUUCUGUUCCACCUUUGUUUUGCUUGCCAUCACUCAAAACUAUGCACCUUUUAUCUGUUACGUUCUCGGGUGGCGAAUCAGUUGCAACUCUUUUACAAAGGUGCCCGGUUCUUGAAGAUUUGGUUAUAAACAAAACCAUAGAUGACAAUGUGAUGAUAUUCGACAUCGACGCACCUUCUUUGAAGAGCUUAUCUAUCGAUAACUCGAAAGGGAAACGUGCCUGCGUUAAGGAGGAUCGUGGGUUUGUGAUAAAUGCUCCUUCUUUGGAGAAAAUAAACUUUAAAGAUACAUUCAGUAACUUUCUGGAGUUUGAACAUAUGACAGAGGUGACCGAGGCUAAUGUCCAGGUUAUUUGUAGCCAGUCUGAAAAGUUCAUAGGAUCUUUUACCUCAAUCCGUCAUCUAUCUCUAUGUUCUCUCUCUUCAGAGACUCCAUAUCCUAGGGGCACUACCUUCCCUUAUCUUGAACAUCUAGAGCUGUGUACAUGUUCUGCGGGAUGGGCCUAUCUACUUGUUUGUAUACUCAACGACUCUCCAAGACUCAAACAUCUCAAGCUUAAGUCGCAACAUGGUGCCCAUUACAAUGAUCCGAUGAUCCUCUGGAAGGAACCGAAAUCUGUUCCCGAAUGUUUAUCGACACAUCUAGAGAUCAUGGAGUGGAGACAAUAUGAAGGCACAGAGCAAGAGAGGAAUGUGGCUGCCUACAUGCUAGCAAACGCUACUAGUCUAAAGAUGGCGACAUUCUCAACGAGAUGUAGAAACAAACAUCAUCGCAUGCUCAAAAAGUUGAAGAAACUGCACAGAGUUUCACAGACAUGUCAGUUAUUGUUUGACUAAACUCUUGAUGUGAUCUAGUAUGUGUCUCAAGAAGACACAUGUGGGAUUCUUAUUAGAUUUCUUCUUCCCUUUUCUCUGACUUUACUUUUGUUCUUUAUAGGUUUUAUUUUCCGAAUCUCCAGAUCUUUAUAUUGUGGAAACAGAGCAUUUUCUGCUUACAUGUUAAUCUACAUAUAAGGAUACCCUCUCU